AUGAACGCCAACAACAACAACAACAACCACCACCACCACAACCACCACCACCACCACCACAACCGAAACCACAACCACCUCCGUGACCGCAGGCGCAAUCGUGGUCGCGUUGCGAACCCCGCGGGCGUAGAGGACCGCGCUCCUCCCCUUGCUGCUGGUCAUCACGUUGAGAACCGGGAUCUCGUAGACCACGAGAACCGCGCUCCUGUUGCUCCGGCUGACAUCCGCCACGUUGAGGGCUGGGGUCAAGUCGACUUCGGAAACCGCGUUCUUGCUCGCCCCGUGCCCGAAGACGAUUACGACGUUGCCACAUUCAACCAGUCCAUCAGCGCCGAAGGCGAAGCGGACAUCAUCCGCCCGCUCAUCACCUUGGCCGUCAGGCAGAUGGGUCCCUCGUGCUUGUUUUGGGUCAGCGCCGGCCCGUUGCAGGCGGCCGAUGGUCCGACCUGGAUCGCCGACCACCACGUCAAGGCCCACGGCGACCAGGCCCUGGCAAGGAUGACGGUCGCCCUGGCCGUCCACAAAUGGGGCCGGGGUGCCCAAAUCUCGCUGACGGCUCGCCCUCCUCCUCCGCCGCCGGACGUCGCGCCUCCGCCUGCCCCGCAGCCUCACUACCCGGCUCCCCCUGUGGUUCCUGGCGCGGCUCCUCAUCAUGGGGAGUACUACUACCCGCCUCCUCGAGAGGAGUACUACCCACCUCCUCGAGAAGAGCACUACCCGCCUCCUCACCACUACCCUGGUCCCUACGCAGCGCCUGCGCCUGCGCCUUACCAGCCGUAA